AGGAUGGAUGAUGCUUCUUUGGCUACAACAUUUCAUUUUCUUAUACGAGCAUUGGUUUAAACUAUCUCAGCCAUAUCAUGUCUUUUUCAAUACUCAGAGAAGAACCUUACGCAGGAGACACAAGCGAUGAACGAAAUAAGAUACAUGGAACUCCCAAGCAUGAGUUGAGACCUGCAGCACAGCAGGGCGCUUUCGUGGGCAACCGAGCAACGGAAGGAAUUCCCACAGAGACUUAUGACCAAUCUAGUGGUCCGGUCUGCACUCUUCAACAUUAUUGCUCCAAAUGUUAUAAUAGUGGUUCAUAA